AUGCUGGGUCUCAAGGCGACAAUGUCGGUGAGUUUGAGCACACCUAGACCUCUCAGCUCGGUCCGCUGCCAAGAAAGCAGCUUCAUGAGCUCACCUUUGAAGCAUCACGCUGCUUGCUAUCGCAGGUCAUCGACAAUACAGGAGCAUUGGUGGCGGAAUGUGUCAACGUCUUGAGGAAUCCUUCCAGUAGGGGCUUGGCGCGAGUCGGUGAGUGGGCAGAAGCUCUUCGCAAGUUCGUCGUCAGGGAAGAAAAGCAUCCAUGAAAUCUUUCCGCGCAACUUUUGCGGUCAUGCAUGGGCUUGUGCUCGAUGUAUGCGGGCGAGAGAUGGGAUCAGUGGGGCUCAGCUUUCGACUCGAAGGCCCCAGGACAGACACACAGCCGGGGGGCAAGACUGGGCUGCAUCAUCGACCUACUUGUUCAACUUCGAGCGCUAUGACCGACGAUCAAGACCACAAAUCCCCUUGCUGACGCUUCUCCCACUUCGCUCAACCCCGCCCUCAGGCGACGAGAUCGUAGUGGUCAUUCAAAAGGCGAAGCCGAUAGCGCACACCACUGGCAACGUUUCCGCCGCAGCCUUGGCAGCCCGAGUGCGUAGAGGAGACGUGCGACGGGCAGUAGUGGUCCGCACAAAGAAGGAGAUUCAAAGGGCAGAUGGGAGAGUGGUCAGGUUCGACGACAAUGCUUGCGUCCUUUUGAACAACAAGAAGGAGCCAGCGGGAACGAGGAUCAAUGGAGCAGUCAGUCAGGAACUCAGAUAUCACGGGUGGAGCAAGAUUCUCUCUCUGGCACCCAAGGUCGUCUGA